GUCGAUUCAGUUUUCCGAAAGUGAAAGUGUUUCUCAGUCUCGACUCCAUUUUGAGGAGCGGUUAUAAAAACACAAAGAUCUUCACCAGCAGCCAGAAGCGGUGAGAUUCAUGUCCAACAACAAGCAGUGCUGAAGAAAAGUGGGAAUGUGAUUAGUUCCAGCAGAAGAGAUCUGCGUCUUCAGGACUCUGUGUCUACACGAGCAUUGAAAAAUGGAGAUUCCUGAUCAGGGGACAGAUCAAGUGACCUCACCCUCAAAAGACGGUAAACGAAAGAGAGAGAGAUCACACUCACCACAACCCAGCUGUGUCUCCAUGAAGAGUGAUGAGUCUAUGGAUCCUCCUCGCAACUUCAGUACUGAAAACCCCUCACCUGGACCCAGUAAACUACAGAGAAAGAGAUCACACUCACCACAACCCACCAUGAAGAGUGAUGAGUCUAUGGAUCCUCCUCGCAACUUCAGUAAUGAAAACCCCUCACCUGUACACAGGUCUAGAAUUUUCUACAGUAAACUACAGAGAGAGAAAUCACACUCAGCACAACCCAGCUGUGUCUCCAUGAAGAGUGAUGUGUCUAUGGAUCCUCCUCGCAACUUCAGAACUGAAAUCUCCUCACCUGUACACAGUGUUCUACAGAAGGCAGGAGACAGAAGAGUGAAGAACAUCAUCACAGCUACAGGACACGACCCAGAAUCCACUGCUGCAGAUGAAUUCCAGAAGAAGUUCAAGUUCAAUCUGAUGAAUACGUUUCAAUGUUUAACUGGAUUGAUGCUAAAGCAGGAAAACCGAACACUCCUGAAUGAGAUCUACACAGAGCUCUACAUCACAGAGGGAGACAGUGGAGACAUCAAUAAAGAACAUGAGGUGAAACAGAUCGAGGCAGCAUCCAGAAGGAACCCAACUGAGGACACACCAAUCAAAUGCAGUGACAUCUUUAAACCCCUACCUGAACAAGACGAACCCAUCAGGAGAGUUCUGACAAAACCCUUAUCUGAACAAGAUGAAGAACCCAUCAGGAAUGUUUUGACAAAGGGAGUAGCUGGAAUUGGAAAAACAGUCUCUGUGCAGAAGUUUGUUCUGGACUGGGCUGAAGGAAAAACAAAUCAGGACGUCCACCUCAUAUUCCCACUUCCUUUCAGAGAGCUGAAUUUGAUGAAGGAGCAGAAACUGAGUCUGGUGGAGCUCCUUCAUGUGUUUUUUAGGGAGAUGAAAGAAAUGGACAUUUCCAGGUUGGAGAAGGUUUUGUUCAUUUUUGAUGGUUUGGAUGAGUGUCGUUUUCCUCUGGAUUUCCAGAAGACAGUGGUGUGUGAUGUAACUGAAUCAGCACCAGUGCAUGUGCUGCUGAUAAACCUGAUCAAAGGGAACCUGCUUCCCUCUGCUCUCAUCUGGAUCACCUCCAGACCAGCAGCAGCUGAUCAAAUCCCCUCUGAGUGUGUAGAUCGAGUCACAGAGAUACGAGGGUUCAAUGACCCUCAGAAGGAGGAGUACUUCAGGAAGAGGAUCAGUGAUCAGAACCUGGCCAAUAAGAUCAUCACACACCUGAAGUCAUUAAGAAGCCUCUACAUCAUGUGCCACAUCCCAGUGUUCUGCUGGAUUUCAGCUGCUGUUCUAGAGAGAAUGUUGGGUGAAGCAGAGAGUGGAGAGAUCCCCAAGACUCUGACUCAAAUGUACACACACUUCCUCAUCAUUCAGACCAACAUCAUAAGAGAGAAGUACCUACAGAAGCAGGAGAGCGAUGAAGAAAUGCUUCUCAAACUGGGGAAACUGGCUUUCCAGCAGCUGGAGAAACAAAACCUGAUCUUCUAUGAGGAAGACCUGAGAGAGUGUGGCAUUGAUGUGACAGAAGCAGCAGUGUAUUCAGGUGUGUGUACGCAGAUCUUCAGAGAGGAGUUUGGGCUUCACCAGAAUAAAGUGUACUGCUUUGUUCAUCUGAGCAUUCAGGAACAUCUCGCAGCUCUGUAUGUGCACCUGACCUUCAUGAAGAAGCAGAAAAAUGUUCUUAAGCAGAAUCCGGUCUGUGAGACACUUUCAGAUGUUCACAGGAGUGCUGUAGAUCAGGCUUUCAAAAGUCAGACUGGACAUCUGGAUCUUUUCCUCCGCUUUCUUCUGGGUCUCUCACUCGAGUCCAAUCAGAAUCUUCUACAUUCCUUAGUGACACAGACAGGAAGUAGUUCCCAGAACAAAGAGGAAACAGUUCAGUACAUCAAGAAGAAGAUCAGUGAAGAUCUUCCAACAGAGAAAUCCAUCAAUCUGCUCCACUGUCUAAAUGAACUGGGUGAUGAUUCUCUCGUGGAGGAAAUCCAGCAGUAUCUGAAAUCUGGAGCACAAAGUGAACUUUCUCCUUCACAGUGGUCUGCUCUGGCGUUUGUGUUACUGACAUCAGCACAGGAUCUGGAGGAAUUUGACCUGAAUAAAUACAGAGUGACCCUGGUGUCUCCAAGCAACCAGGGCAGGAAGCAGCUGAACCUGCUGGAGUCGUUCCCCCUGUGGCCUGCUGCUGAAAGCCCCAUAACUGCUGCUGCAGCAGGACCUAGGGAGCGCGAGCCCCAAGCUCAAACUAUAGACCAGAGGUCCACUUACUACAUAACCACACCAGAGAAGCCCUGCUCGGCCGAAACUGACCUUUACAAGCCCUACUUAGCUGAACCGGACCAGGAGAAACCCUGCUCAGUAAACCGGGCCCAGAAAAGCCCUGCUCGGCCAAACUGGGCCCGAAGAAGCCAUGCUCGGCUGAACUGGACCAGGAGAAGCUCUGCUCGGCUAAAACGGGCCUGGAGAGGCCUUGUGAAACCGACAAAGUCACAGCGGACUCUGGAGCAGUUCUGGAGCUGCCGGCGCUGGCAGAGGCAGGCACAGGGGUGCAGAGCUAUCGCCAAGAGGCACCUGUCACUAGACCAGUGCAAGGGGACAGGGGAGACAUGGAGAUGGAAGACGAGCCCCAGUUCAAAGUGCCGACUAAAAGAAAGAAGCAAGGUAGGGGACAGGGAAAAAAGCAGGUAA